CUCAUCUUACAUCCUCUAACUCUCCGCAGUCCGCAGUAUCCCCAUUUUCCCCUGGAAUUUGAAAUUUUGAAUCCUUUCUAAUAUUUGUUUUCAGUUGAUCCCAUAAACAUAAUUACAUAACCCACUGCCAUCUAAUCUAAUGUUAAUAAAACGUUAAAUGCACGUCAGGACAGUUUCCGGGAGUUUCUCUCACCAGUUACUCCAAAUGCCGUUCUUGCGUUUAUUGAGUGUGAAUGUGAAUGUGAUUGUAAAAUUACUUCACAAACAUAUCCGACUCUCUGUAAAGACAUUUACUGAACAGAAAAGGAUCUGCUUUCUGGAUAAUUCCGUGCCGUUGAAUUGUGUUCCGUUGAACGGGAGAAACAUGAUUGGCAUGGCUGACGAAUCUGGUUCACCUUCUUGAAAGACUUAAAUCAAUGUGGUCUGAUUGGGACAGAGUGGAUGGAUGUAUGUGAAUCAGAGCAAGGCUCAGGGAAACACAAAUCUGUGCAGACCCCGAGAGCAGCUCCCUUUGUUCUGGCAGAAAAGAACAAUGCACCCACCACUCGGCGCUCUAGAACAAAACAAGUUAGCUCUCGGUACAAGUCUCCUGUUCCAGCUAACCUAACAGAAUUUACAUCUCCACAUAAGUCGCCCACUCCGGUCGCCACAAGAGAAGUUAGUUCCCGGUAUAGGUCACCUUCUCCGGCUCCCCUUUCUCGAAGAUUCCCUUCACCAAAUCCCACAAGGACAGCAUUACCAUCAUCGUCUUCAUCGUCGUCAUCAUUACAAAAGAGAGCUCAAUCGUCAGAGAGAAGGAGGCCUUCGACUCCUCCUUCACCGCCGCCACCAAGGCCUUCCACGCCGGUCCGUGACUCAUCCUUAGAUGUCAAGUUAUCAUCCGGAAGGGCGGCGGCAGGUGGCCGUUUGCCAGAAAGUCUAUGGCCUUCUACAAUGCGGAGCCUCAGCGUUUCUUUCAAUUCAGACUCCAUUUCCAGUCCUGUUAGCAAGAAGUCAAAGCCAGUAACCUCCCUUCGUCCGACAUCAAAUGUGGCACACAAGCAGGCUGAAACUCUUCCCUUAAUAAGGAAGCCUACACCAGAAAGAAAGAGGAGUCCUCUAAAAGGGAAAAAUAUCUCUAAUCAGUCUGAGAAUUCGAAGCCAGUGGAGAUUUUGCCUUCUAAAUUCAUAGAUCAGCAUCGGUGGCCUAGUAGGAUUGGCGGGAAGGUAUCUUCUAGUGCCCUAAACAGGAGUGUUGAUCUUGCUGUUUCUAGAAGUUUCGACACUCCAGCGCCUGCAACUGUUUUAUCUUCACUGAAGAGAUAUUCUAGUGAUGCUAUUACUCUGUUUUCGCGUGUUGCAAGUGGUAAUGUAAGUGGUGAGGUGUUAAGGUCACAGAAAUCUCUACCUCUUACUCCGUCAGGUAAAGCAGGACCGGGGUUUACUGGAGUCAGAUCUCAGUCCUUAUCAGUUCCUGGAUCACACUCGCAUCCUGCGUUGCCUAGGAGGACCUCGGCUUUAUCAUGUUCGGGGACAAGAGGAAUCAGUCCGUCUAGAUCAAGACCAUCAACUCCUCCUCCUAGAGGGGUUAGUCCAUCUCGAAUAAGGUCGUCUGGUUCAUCCGUUCAAUCCAGCAAUUCCAAUUCAGUGCUUAGCUUCAUUGCUGAUUUUAGAAAAGGGAACAAGGGUGCAGCCAACGUAGAAGAUGCUCACCAAUUACGGCUUCUAUACAACAGAUACUUGCAAUGGAGAUUUACCAAUGCAAGAGCCGAGGCUGCACUUUACAUCCAAAAUGCAAUUGUAGAGAGAACACUGUAUGAUGUAUGGAGAACUACUCUCUCACUGUUGGAGUCUGUUAUCAGGAACAGGAUUGAUCUUCAGCAGCGGAAGCUUGAGCUUAAGUUGAAUUCUAUUUUGAAUGAUGAAAUGACCUUCCUUGAUGAUUGGGCUGUAUUUGAAAGAGAUCACGGCGACACUUUAUCUGGUGCUGUACAAGAUUUUAAGGCAAGCACUCUUUGUCUACCGGUAGCUGGAGGAGCAAAGGUAUGUAUGAUGGCAUGCUCUUGUUUUCAUUUGAUUAUGAAUGACCUCUAUGAGGAGAUAGGCACCGACUUUAUUACUAUGGUUUCUGUUCUACAGGUCGAUAUAGAGCAUUUGAAAGCUGCUAUCGGUCAAGCUGUUGAUGUUAUGCAAGCAAUGGGAUCUACAAUCUGCUCAUCACUUUUACGGGUGGAGGGCAUGAAUAAUUUAAUUUCCGAGGUUGCAAUUGUAGCAGCCAAGGAGAAAGCUUUGCUUGAUGAGUGUGAAUUACUACUGGCUUCAGUAGCAGCUAUUCAGGUAGAAGAAAGUAGUGUCCGAACGCAUCUCAUGCAGAUCAAGCUAGCUUUGGGGAUGAGCAAAUAGCGGAUUUCGAAAGCAAGUGGUCCAUUUCAGAACUUUAAACUCAGCAAAACUACUAAGCUAACUUGUUUCUUGAGGUUUCAGACAAAAGCAUUUUAAUGUCUUCCAGGUUCUUCGCCGUUGUAAAUUUUCAAAUAUUCCUUUUUUUUAAAAACAGAAAACUUAUUUUCUAUCCCACCUAAUUAUAUUGGAAUUGAUAUUGUUUGAUUACAUAUUAUUGCUUCUUCUUCCUAAAUACUAGUGGGUGGGAGCUUCCUCUUGUAAUUUUUAUUAAAAAAAGGAAAUGUAAAAAAAAUAUUGAUACACGUCCGAUUUUUCAUUUUGCUUAUGUUGCAAGUGGAGAAUAAGUAGAUAACUCCAAAGUAAUCAGUGAGAAGUGAGAACCGUACUUGAAAGGGGAAAGGAUUUGUUAGUCUCACGAGUGUUGGGGACACUUUUUUGUUUUUAAUUUUUUAAGAGUAA